AUGUCCUUGUCCACUUCUAAGCACACACACAAUAGAAGUAAGCAGAAGAUUCCAAUGGAGAAGAAUCUUCUGCGAUCAACAUCAGAAAGACCUCUCCGAUUUGCACUUUUGGGCCCACCAAAAUCAUCUAAAUCAUCUAUAGUUUCGAUAAUCAGCAGUGGAAAAUCAAUUGGUAACUACUAUCCCACGGUUCAAAACUCUCCAACACUCAUACAGUUUCAACCUAAGUCUGUUAAGGCAAGAGCAUUGUUGGAUGUUAAUGCCACUUUGGAUGAACUUGAGGAUGUCAAUGUGAUAGGAAACAAAGAGUUCAAGAUCACUCAGCGGGUUCUGGAUGCCGUUUCCGAGGCAACGACUGUAAUUCCUUCGGAGAGCACAAUUCCACUGUUGUCAUCAGCUUCGAUUUUAAGUCGUACUCUCAAUUAUUAUGACUUGGAUUAUACGCGGCCAGAUUACUUUGAAACCGACUUGAUGACGAGUCUUUCUCCCAUAAGCUCUCCUAUAGCAUCAUAUAGUAUAGGCAGCCACUCUGAUCCAUUCAUAAAGGGAGUGAUGAGUGACAAGCUUUCUGACGAAGAUUCUAACUGUUCUCAGUACAGACCACCUGUUACAACACCAAUAUUGGUGGAGCUGAUUGACACGCCGGGUGUGCAGAGAAAUGAUUUGAUUCCCUUUUUGGAAAAGGGGCUAGAUUCAAAACUGGCCAAGGAUGUGCUUCGAAAUCUUAUUAACGAGGCCGAUGCAUCAUCCCGAUCCAGAGUAAAGCCUUUGCUAACUGGAUCCGGAAUGAGUGAGUUGAAUGCGGCAAUGGAUGGUUACCUAUUGUGCUACAGUUGCAUACCGGAAACGGCAAAUGAAGCUGCUCCUCCCUCAUAUGAUGAUGCAAUUGCGUCAUCUUCGGACAAAAACACCCACUCAAAGUAUCAUUCCGAGACGCAAGACGGAUACGAGCCAAUAGAAAUCGUGAAAGCGUUGUAUACAGCAAUCAUCGAGGCAUGGAAGCAGUAUACAAACUACCAAAUAGGCUGGGAAGAGGGCAAGGAGUUUGAUGUUUAUUCUCUAAACUACUCUUUCAAGCAUCUUUGGAAAAAGCGGAAUCUGCCGGAAAACAUUUCGGGGAAGAUGAUUACAAACAAAGCGCUGGAGAUGAUGCCGCCAGUACUAAUAGCAGUCACUCAUGUUGAUCAUGAGCUUGCAUCACCAAUUUUGAUCGAAAAGGGUCGGCAGUUGGCCAAAGAGUGGAAUUGCGGCUUUAUAGAGGUUAGUUGCGAGUUUGAGAACUGGAGAAAUGUAGAGGAGACCGUAGCUUUCCUAAUACGGGAUAGAAUAGAGGAUAUAAAGCGUAAGAAGAGGAACAAGGUGAAGGGAUUUGGCAUAUAG